CGCAGGGUCGCCGCCUGCAGCAGACAAGCGUUGCCCAAGCAUUUAGUCCUCUCUUGCAGGCUCGCUACGCGCUCUGCAGUCUCGUCACCCGCUCUGCCGCAUCAUGGACGCCACGAGGCAAGUGGUCAACUUCGGGCCUGGGCCGGCCAAGCUGCCGCGUUCGGUGUUGUUAGAGAUACAAAAAGAAUUAUUAGACUACAAAGGAAUUGGGAUUAGUGUUCUUGAAAUGAGCCACAGGUCGUCGGAUUUCGCUAAGAUUAUUAACAGCACAGAGCAUCUCAUGCGGGAAUUGUUAACUGUUCCAGACAACUACAAAGUGAUUUUUGUGCAAGGAGGCGGGUCUGGCCAGUUCAGUGCUGUCCCCUUAAACCUGAUUGGCCUAAAAGCCGGAAGGUGUGCUGACUAUGUGGUGACAGGAGCUUGGUCAGCCAAGGCUGCAGAAGAAGCCAAGAAGUUUGGGACUGUGAAUGUUGUUCACCCUAAACUUGGAAGUUACACGAAAAUCCCAGAUCCAAGCACCUGGAACCUCAGCCCAGAUGCCUCCUAUGUGUAUUACUGUGCCAACGAGACUGUGCAUGGAGUGGAGUUUGACUUCAUCCCUGACGUCAAGGGAGCAGUGCUGGUUUGUGACAUGUCCUCCAACUUUCUAUCCAAGCCAGUGGAUGUUUCUAAGUUUGGAGUGAUUUUCGCUGGUGCUCAGAAGAAUAUUGGCUCUGCAGGGGUCACGGUGGUGAUCAUCCGUGAUGACCUGCUGGGCUUUGCCCUCAGGGAGUGCCCCUCGGUCUUGGAAUACAAAGUGCAGGCCGGACACAACUCCCUGUACAACACGCCUCCAUGCUUCAGCAUCUAUGUCAUGGGCUUGGUCUUGGAGUGGAUUAAGAACAAUGGUGGUGCAGCAGCCAUGGAGAAGCUUAGCUCCAUCAAAUCGCAAAUGAUUUAUGAUAUUAUUGAUAAUUCUCAAGGAUUCUAUGUAUGCCCAGUGGAUCCCCAGAAUAGAAGCAAGAUGAAUAUUCCAUUCCGUAUUGGCAAUGCCAAAGGAGACGAUGCUUUAGAAAAACGAUUUCUUGAUAAAGCCCUUGAACUCAAUAUGAUCUCCUUGAAAGGGCAUAGGUCUGUGGGAGGCAUGCGGGCCUCUCUGUAUAAUGCGGUCACCAUUGAAGAUGUUCAGAAGCUGGCAGCCUUCAUGAAGAACUUUUUAGAGAUGCAUCAGCUAUGAACAUACUCUAACCAAUGUAAACUCUGCCUUUGAACAAUGUUCAAAAGUUGAAAUAACUUGGGGAUGGCUAUAAAAACCUAACCCGAUAUUUUUCUUGAAUGAACAUGCAUAUUAUAGGUUCUUUUUGCAGAGAACAGCAUCAAAACACCCACAGCUUUAUAGAGCUGGUGUGACUUAAUAGACACCUUAAUUCAGACUUGGACUGAAGCAUUAAAAAAAAAAUCUUCCUUUGGCUUUUCUAAUGAGUUCCAGCUUAGGUUGUCUUUGCUGCUGCUUUUUCUAGCUAGAUCUCAGUAUUUGAACUUGUCUGUGAACUUCAUUAUGCAAAUUGCAGUUAAUUGUUCCUGGAGAUACAUACGUACACACACAGCACAGAAGGUGGGUGGGAACCUCUAGGUGCUGAAUCUUGAUCCUUUACAAAAUGACAGCCAUGGUGGCCCCUGGGUUCCACAGCUGUUAAAUCAGGUCAUGUGGUGAGUGUUUAGGAGUCCCAGGCUUAAUCUUCCUGUAAACUGUUACUCUCAUAAAGAGAUAAAAGUGACAUACUAUCUGUUUAUAUAGCAAGGUUUUUAAUACCAAAUAGUUUAUAGCUCUAUGCAAUCUAUUUCUAAUAAUACAGUUCUCAGUGAUACAUGUAGAGACUUUUUGAAAAUGUGUCAGGAGCCUUGACCUUGUGUAUUACACUCAGAACAGUUAUCCCUCUACUCCCCCUUCCCUUUUUAAGCUGCUUCACAAGAGGUUCCCUGAUUCAUUUGUACUUUCCUUUCAGUGGAUAGAAGAGAAGGUUGGUAGUUCUUUAGCUUUUAGUUAUAUUGUUAAACUAAAACUUUGUUAAGCUCCCCUGUCAUUUUUUUUGCAUGACUCUUACUUGUGUUGGAUCAGGGAUGCUGUGAGCUCCAGAAGGUCUUUGCUGAAGAGUCUUUCCUCCGAUUGUUUGUCCAUUGUCAGUAUUUUAUGUUGACUAUGUGAAGAACAUUAAAGUCCUAAAACAUCUA